AUGGAGUUUCGUGGCCAGAGAUUUACUGUUAAUCUUUCGGAUGAUGAGGAAGAUGAGGGUGAAGUCGGAUCAAGUUCAAAUAUUCCAUCGGAUAAUGUCCCUUCAUUUACUUCGGCGUUCGUCGCAGAUGUUAAAGAACGCCCUACCAAACCACCAACAGCUCCUCAGUUAAAAACUUCGACAACCGGUUUUCCAGAACACAAAAAACGGAUACGAGUAUCGGCAUUUAAGAAACAAAGGGCGGGAGAUCCGGAUGAGCCGGUGGCAGAUUCCCCCAAUGCCUAUGGGGUACCCUCUCCUCAAGGACGUCCAACACCCGCAGAGCCGGUGACAGAUUCCCCCAAUGCCUUUGGGGUACCUAUUUCUCAAGGGCGUCCAACAGGCGCAGAGCCGUCCACACAAGAAGACGAAUUUAGUAUCGACAAGGAACGAAAGAGAAUAGAUAAGGAAAACAGAAUGAGAAUAGCUUCUAUGUCAAAAGAAGAAAUUGAGCAAGAACAAGAAGAACUACUUUCUACCUUAGAUCCUUCAUUGAUUCAACGACUUUUGAAACGGGCAAAUUUUGACGAUGGGCGUGGGGAUACCGGAAUCGACCCCCCUUCUUCGACUCAACCUUCAAAUAGUGAUAAUAACCAAGCCACAGCACCGGAUAAUAAAGUUGAUGCCAUUCCUGCUCCCAAACCAGAAGGCAAACCAGUUGCGCCUCAAAAGUCUGUGAGAUUUGAAGAAGAUGAAGAGCCGACAAAUCCUAUAGAUCUCAGGCCGGAAUCAGAGUCGACUUCUAACGUUCCUGAAAUCCCGCAACCAUCCAUACAUUUCCCUACUGCUUCCGCGGUUCCAGACUUAGAUCCGAAUGAUCCUUCAUUUCUCGAAAACUUACACCGAAAAUAUUACCCAUCACUUCCCGCGGACCCAUCAAAGCUUGCUUGGAUGGCACCAAUACCUACUCAUGGUUCAUUAGCAGAUCAGGAGUCUCCUUACUACCCCGCUGCUGAAGCUUUGGCGGCUUCAGCCCUUCGAUACGAUUUCAGGGGUGGUUUGUUGCCACCGAGAAUUGCAAGAGCUAUGCCAGUUACCAAAGGUCUACAUCAUCAUGGCGAGGCUCCUGAAGCUGCUGGAUACACCAUUCCGGAACUAGCAAGACUAGCUCGCUCUGCGUUCCCAGCUCAAAGAUGUAUUGCAUUCCAAACUCUGGGAAGGUUUCUUUACAGAUUGGGUAGAGGUGAGUGGGGAGAUGUUGGUACUGAGAUGUCGAAGGGUCUAUGGAGAAUUGUGGAAGCAGGUAAAAUUGUUCAAACCCUUGAAGAGGCCGCCAAUACCGAGGGAGGACACCAAGGUAGUAAGACUUAUGCGAUAGAAGCUUUGUGGCUAUGGCAGAAAGGGGGCGGGCACAUCUGGAAAGCAGAUUGA